GUGAACGAGGUUGGGGUCCUAGAGGCCCAGGAAUUUGUGGAGCUUGAAGCAUGGGAUGCCAUCGUCCAUCUGGGCUUUGAGGACGAGGCCAAAGGACUGAAGCUGGAGACCAUGGCAGCCAAUGUGCGUGCCUUGAAGAGGGGCAGAGUUGUGGUGGGCGGUCCGCAGCUGCUGCCCACCACGGGCGAUUUGGGAGCCGUGGCCUUGAACACGCAAAACCCCCAUGAGCUCUGGAGUCGAGAUGCCGGAGACUUCUUCUGUAACGAGAUCUACUACCGCACCCUCUUCUCCAUCAGGGAGCACCGUCGACUGCGCUGUCCGGGCGCCCUGAUUCCCAGCAUCUUCAUCCAUGUCCCGCCCCUGCACAAGAUGCCGCUCCAGGAAUCUUAG